CACCUGACCUACCAAUGGUGGCCUGAUAAACCAGGUUAGGAAUUAAUUUAGUUCUAUUUAUGUAUUUUACAAGUCAUUCUGAAUCCAGGCUCAUUUUAAUUAUAUUUUAAUAAAGACAUGGACUGCCAAAGAUAGUAAAUUAUUUUGAUAUUUUUUACUGUGUUCAUGUACUUGAUUCAUUAUCAUUCAUUCAGACCAGGAAUCGGUGUUCUUCACUAGCUUCACUACUCUUCACGUCUUCACACUCAUUAGACUUGGUACUUAAAAAUUUUAACAUUUGAACUGAAAAAAGAUUUGAACCAAUUUCCGUUCGAUCAAAUUUUCAUCUAUCAAUUUUCUGUCAACAAAAUUUCUUUCGAUCAAAUUUCCGGAUACGGAGUUUGAUGCAUUACGGCUACACGACUACGCCCCGACUACGGCAUGGACCAGUUGAUUAGUCUAAUCAUUAGUCAUUAGUGUGUUAAAGUUUAAUUUUAACUAGUGAAGUGUCUCUUUUUUUUAAAUAUUAUUAAUUGGUUACAAAUAUGUAUUUAUUUUUUAUGUGCUGAAAAUAAAUAUGUACAAUUACAGUGUAAUCAAAAAAAUUACGUUAGUUUUAAUCAAUAAUAAAGAAUCUUAUCUUAUCUUAAUAAUACACAAUGAUCACAAUGGCGAGAUUAAUCACAUAUUUUUAUUAAUUUAAUGAAUUUAAUUUUUUGUUAAAAUUAAUAUUUCAUAAUAGUAAUAGUAUUAAUUCAUAGCAUGAUGCCAUGAUUAAUUAUGAUAUUUCAAAGCUAGGCUGGCUAUUUUUUGCUUGUCUGACAGUCUAAUAAUCUUUAAAAAUGGACUUUUCUGUCUGGAGUAGUUUGGAUUUUUGGUGGAAAAUGUAAUAAAGUGUAUAAAAAUGUAAUCAAUGAAACUAAAUUUGGUUUUCAUUAUUUUAUUUUAAAGUAUUAUUUAUGUUUUUUCAUUUUUACAAUUUUUAUACCACAAUGAGUAACUGUAACACACAUGUUUUAGGUGAUGGAAUGUAGUGACAGCAUGUUGUUGACACUUCUUGCUACAUAGCAAUAUAGAGGGAUACAAUAAUGUUGCUACGUUUGCCAUAGAUAGACAAAAUGUAUCACUAAUUAUUUUUUUUUGCAAUUUAAACCAUACUAUUAAUAUUUUCAAAUAUUUUACUGUAACGGAUAGUGUAAAUUUAACUUAGAAAUUUUUUGGAGAAAGACCUGUUGCCAUCAUUUAUUUGGAAAGCAUCACCCUGCAGUUGAUUUGGGGUUAGCGGUAAGUCCGGCGAUGUGUUGCACGGUAUAUAGGUCACGGAGGUUCCCCCGAUCAACUUCUGUCUACAGCGCCAUAUUCGAAAGAUUUGGAUAUUUAUGUUUGUGUUCACUCAAUGCAAGUUUUUGUUUUCUUAAUUCAUAUUUUGAAAUUAGGUGGAGGGCACUCCCCAGAUUCAGAUGAUUUCUUUGUUUCUUAUUUUGGUAUUUAAAGUGGGGGAAGGGUCUCCCAAUUUGAGUCUUGGGGUAUCAGCAUGGAUGUGUUUUUUUUCCCAUUUCUUUUGAAACAUCUAAGUUCAAUUUUACUACAAAUUAAUGGAAAAUUUCAUUAUAAUAUAUCUCAUAUUAACCGUAUCAAACGUCAGAUUUAGUUUAUGACACCAGUAAUGCUCACUAAAGAAUAGAAAAGUUAUCACACCCUCAUCGUUCAGGUCCUACAGUUUGUCUAUUCACCCUAAUCCAGUGUUGUGAUUUCCCAAAGUGACGUCACUCCGCUUAGUGUGAGACAAAUCUAGGCUAAAACCCAUACCGUUAACCCAAAAUUUAACCAUUACUCCUAUUAAUAGCAAUCGUAUACAUUCUUGAGGAAUCUAACUUUGCGGUAAGAAAAUAUUUAUAGGAAUUAAAGAAAACCAAACUUGGUCCAACAAAAUAAGUUUUGUUGAUCCAAAAAAAAUGGAAAUUUGUUUUAUUACAUUCCACAUGAUUUUUUUCAGUCUUGAAACCUUCGUCAAAGUUUUUGUUGUUCCCUAAAAUUAUUCUGUAGCAUGGCGUUCAGUGAGUCAUUGUAUGGUGAGAAUAACUGUUCGGUUCUUGUGUGUACUUUGGUAUUUUGAAGAGUUUUGGCAUUUCUGUUAGAAUGGCAUUAUUAGCUUUUUUCAAAGAUCAUGUAUAAUCAUAGUAUCUGUAGGUGUCUUGACUGUGGGUUGUUAAUAUGAUCCCUUUGUUUACAACAUGGCAAAUGUGAAUAUGUGUGGGGUUAUGCCUAUGAUGUCCAAAAAUUCAAUUUAAACGCUGUUAAAAAGACAAGUUUAUCAGUUCAAAACAGACUUAAGGCAUUUUCUACUCCUUGAUCCUUGAUUGUCUAAAGAAAACAUUUUAAAAACCUACUAAAUUAUUACAAAGGCUGAAAAAUUAAGCACAUAUGCAAUAGAGUCACCUUCAGUGUGGCGCCCCGGGAAUUGAUACAUCUGAUACAAAUAAUUAGAGAUUCUAAAAUCCAAUAUAAUAUUUAGUUUUAAUGAAUAACUUGUCUUACUUUAAACCAGUGGUUCUCAAACUUUUUCCCUUCGCUCCAUAAACUUAUCCUAACCAUACACCCCCUCCAUUUUUCUCACCCCCACAGUCUUACGGUCUUUAUAAACUUUCCUGUUAAAACAAUGGUUGUCAAUCAGUUGCUUUACUGCCAUAACAAUGUUUCACAGAGUCAACAGUGUUUUCUUGUUAAGUUUAAACUAUGUUUUACUAAAAACUUUAUUCAUUCAACUGAAAAUAUUUUUCUUUAGACUCCAUCAUUCACAUGCUUGUUUUCCAAAUACAUCUUUGGCCUAAUACAUAAAGUUAUGUUGGAUAUUUGGCUUGUUAAAUUAUGUUUCUGGUAAAUAUGUUCACAAGUAAUGAAGAUUUCCAUAAGACUUUGACAUGGGGGCUAGUAAAAGAGGCAUCGUUCCUUGACAACGUCAAAUAAGAAGUGUUGCAUGUAAUCUAAAAGUAAAAGAUUCAAAGAGUAUGUUUGGUAAUCCUACCCAGCUAUUGUGCACUUGUUUAUUUAUUUAAUCUUUACAGUGGUGGCAAUCUGGGUAUACCAACCUAGUGCUUUGGAAAUAUAUUUUUCUCCAAUUUUCUCAGAAUUUUAAAAAACACUCUUAAACUUUUCGCUCACAGAUACAACUUUAAAUCCAAAAAAACAAUAGAAUGGAACAAGACAGCUUAGUAGCAAAAGCCAUAAAAGGAUAUGAUGAUAUGUAUAAAAAUGCAGGUAAGUGGGAUCAUAAUACAAGUUAAAGAAGCAAAAUGAAAUUGAUUCCAUUUCUUCUUCUUCUUCUAUAUAUUAAGGGCCCAUGAUCAAUUUGUUGUUCAUUUUGACUCCUAUGCAUGUAGAGGGGAUUUGCAAUGUUUCUGUGAAUGGUGUUAAUGAGGAUAUUUCACUGGUUGCACAACCAUUUGUUGUGACGUCACAAAUACUACUAGUUAUAACAGCACUUGGGAAGAAAGUCAAGAUAUUUGUCAAGAGAGUGUUGUGUUUUGGUAAAAUUCUUUGUCAAAGGGAUAUUUUUAAAAGAAAAAAAAAUGGUUUUAAAAAUGUCUAAUCACCCUCAGCAUAGAACUCUUUUUAUAUUUAAAAUAAGGAAACUUAUAGCAGGCUGCGCUGUAAUAUAUACGUUAUAACACAUUGUUAAUCAGUGUUAAACUAUGGACGUCUUAAGUACUUAAAUGCCUGAUUAUGCAACAUAUAUUUCAGAUCCACGUGUUCAGAACUGGUUUAUGAUGAGCACUCCCAUACCAAGUCUACUCAUCUGCUUAGGCUACUUUGUCUUCGUCUGGGUUUCACCAUCAAUUAUGAAAAACCGUAAGCCAUUUGAAUUGAGGAACCUGUUGGUGGUUUAUAACUUAGCUAUGGUUGCCUUAUCAACAUACACUUUUUAUGAGGUAAAUGGCGUCAUUAUAUACCAAUCUUAAAGCAUUUUAUAAAUAUAAUUUAUAUUGUAAUUUUUCAGUUCAUAUGCUACUUAAUCCUGCUCAAAAUGAAAAUUAUUCCCAUGGCUUAACUAAUUUAAAUUGCUACAUUGCUAGGCCUUCCUGUUUCCAAUGGCAACAUUAUUGUCUGAUGUUUGCCCCAGAGUCACCCCCAGCUUUGAAUAAAUAGUCAACUUGGUGUGGGUUUAAAAAAUGUUAGUCUAAACGAAAAGCUUACAGUUGCUCUGCAGCUACCUGAAAAAAAUCUAGAAAGACACUAAAUUUUUAAAAAGUUCUAUUAAAAGUUAGUAAAAAAAGUUGUUGGUAACUGUGCAUAUGAUAACUAUAGAUUCACCUAUUAGUAUUAGUGGUAGAUUUUUUUUUUUACCAAGUGCUAUGUUCCACCUUUAGAUGUUGGUGUUUGUCUAUUUCCUCAGUUUUUAAUGAGUGGAUGGCUGGCAGGUUACAGUCUAGGAUGUCAGCCGGUGGAUUACUCAGACUCACCACAAGCUCUCAGAGUACGCAACAUUUAUGCAUUACAUAAAAAAUAUAGUGUUACUUAGUCAUAAAUUUUAAUGUUUUAUUUUCUUAUAUGUUAGUCUAAAUUAUGAUAAAUUCAUAUAUUGUUUUAUGACUCUGGAUUAUAUAGCUUGUCUUUUUAAUUUUUUAACUCAAUAAAAUUUAUUAGCUUUUUUUUUUCUCUUCAGAUGGCCAGAGUCUGCUGGUUGUUCUAUAUUUCCAAGUUCAUAGAAUUAUUUGAUACGGUGAGUCAAUGAUUAUUAGCGCAAGCAUUUUUUCCAGGCCCAAGUUUUUCUGAAGUAGUAUAAGAUUAAAGAUUGCUGUACCGUAUCUAAGAUCCAUUGGCUCAAGACAGUGGUGGAAAGAUGAAAGGUAACAGUAUUGUUAUUUGUAAUUUUAUGUGAAACACCCUAAUAUGUUAUUCAUAUUUCCUUCAGAUCUUCUUUAUUCUGAGGAAAAAGUUCAAUCAAGUUUCUUUUCUUCAUGUAUUUCAUCAUGGUAUCAUGCCCAUCUCAUGGUGGUUUGGAGUGAAAUUUGUCCCAGGUAUGGAAUACAUUUAAUGCCAAGAACUCAAAUUUAGUUUGGUUGUUUAUUCGACAAAUGUAAUUCAUAUUAUUUCAUCUUUGAAUAGUAUAAUGAGCUAUAAACUCAAGGCUGUGGCCUAUAGAAAAACUAACCUUUAUUCCCCAUGCUACCUACUAACUUUUUAUCCCAUCACCACUGACUCCAGUUCUCCAACCAGUAUCUUUUUAUCCCAUCACCACUGACUCCAGUUCUCCAACCAGUUUUUACACAUUUAAGUUUAAACAUUCAUGACCCCACCACCUCCAGUCAUAAUACAACAUGACAACAUAGGAGGACAAUCCUGUCGCAACGUUCAGUCGAUACACAUGACAACAAUAAUCGUCAGUCCCUCAUGCUUUCACAACUACUGUAAAAAUCAUUUUAUAAAAUAAAUUAUCGUGGGGGCCCUAUUCACUAUUACAUUAUUCUUUAAAAAUAAUAAUUUAAAAAACCUUUAGCUUAACUUUUAGAUUGAAGACGAAUGUCUUAGCAGACAAACCAAAUCGCUGAUCUCACAACUGGUGGAUUUAUUGUUUGUUUUACAAAAUAGAGUUUGGCAGUGUCACUAGUAUUUCAUAAUCUGUAUCACCAUCUCGAAUGAAAGGCAGAGAUCCAUAUGUGAUUGCUUAGUAGCAGAAGAACAGAGCAGAGAUUGGUAGAGAAUAUUAAUCUUAAAUGGUUAAAUGUGAGUUAGCCUGGGAAGAUCCGUCACUUCUGAGUUGAUCACUUAACCAAACCUUUACAAUUAAGUGAAAUAUAUUUAUUUGACUCUGCUUGUUUCAGGAGGAUUUGGUACAUUCCAUUCGCUGCUGAAUUCCUUCAUUCAUUUAGUCAUGUACACAUAUUACGGUUUGUCUGCCUUGGGACCAACUUUCCAGAAAUACUUGUGGUGGAAAAAGUACAUGACAAGCAUGCAAAUGGUGAGUGUUUCAAGCAAUGCUUCUUCUCUCACAAAUAAUAAUAGCCGUCUCAAUGACAAAAUUUCAAAUAAAAUAAUAAAUUCAUUUUCAAAACUAUUCGUCUUUAUGACGCUAUGGGAUGUUACGUGCGUUGACCUAGUCCUGUUUAAACUAAUUUUGACAUAAUCUUUCUAAUACAGGAGUAAAUUACCCCAAGUGGGGUAAAAACUAAAAUCUUGGGUUAAACAGACCUUACAAAAUUAUAUAAAAAGUGCUUCCUUGUUAGGAUUUCUGUCAUUGUUCUGCUUAACCAGUAUCAGGCCAGUGUAAUAGACAAUGGAUCAAACUUGUGGUUAGUAAUGGUUCGGCAGCUACCAUAACCGCACAUAUUGUUUUUUUAUAUCCCUUUUUGGUCCAGUUACAUAUUGUCUAACUAAACUCUGAAAUAUUUCAUGGUUUUAUACAUUUAUUUUAUCGCAUUUAUUGUAUAUUUUUUUACAUAUAUAUAAUUUUAUUCUCAUUAUAAAUAUAUUUGACAAAACAUUUCGAAUGCAAAACUGUUGUCUUCCUCUUCAAAUGGAGUGGGUAAUGUCAGCCAAACAUAUUAUGGGCUAAUAGAUAAAAAAAAUAAAAAUUUCCAGACAUCUACUCUAAUAGAACUAACCAAAUGGACAUAACUCCGUUAAGAAAUUAAAUGAUAUUUAUUUUUUAAAAAUAAGAGUUAUUAAAAAAAUUUCAGAGAAUAUCUUUUCAAUUAUAAUAUCUAGAGUUGACUAUCUGUGCAUUUUCACAAGUCCUUGGGCAUCAACAUUAUUACAGUCGCCCAUAGGCAGUAAUAUCUAAGCAUAAGAUGAUCAAUGUUACUGUACUAUCAAUUUCAAUAGAUUCUAAAUUGAUUUGUUUGUUUGAUAAUCUAAAACUACUAGUCUAAUGAGCAGGGAAACUCAUGCUGAACUUUGAACUCUAGUAUUGCAAGUCUUGUGAUCUUCUAGUGAGCAGGGAAACUCAUGCUGAACUUUGAACUCUAGCAUUCUAGUAACUUUAUAUUGAAAUAGAUAAAAGCCUAUGGAUUUCUUUAAAAAGAGUAACAUUCUUGUCAGAGCAGUAGUAAAUAUUUACAGAUAAAUGUAUGGUAGUUAGGUUGCCAGACCAAACAUCAUAAAGGGUUUUUCCCGCCCCCUUGCUUAGUAGGUGGGCAUGUUUGGGAAUCAGGUUUGGAAGGAUUCACACAUGCCGCCGACCCGACGUAUCCGUUCCACACCACAAUCUCAAAAAUGUACACACCUCAAGUCCAUGUUCGCCCCCUCCCCCCCAAACUAAAAUGUUUUUAACAAUCCUAUUUAUGUCAAUUAUUAUAAAUAAAGUAUCAGAUUUAAUCUGUUUACCGGUCAUGAUAAUGAAAAGGACGCUGAAUUUUGUAUAUAUUUUGUUGUUGGUCAAUCUUAAGAGCCUGAUAGCAGUAACGGAUUGUAAGAUUGCCUUGAAAUCUUAUUGUAAGAUUGCCUUGAAAUCUUAUUGUAAGAUUGCCUUGAAAUCUUAUUGUAAGAUUGCCUUGAAAUAUUAUUGUAAGAUUGCCUUGAAAUCUUAUUGUAAGAUUGCCUUGAAAUCUUAUUGUAAGAUUGCCUUGAAAUCUUAUUUUUUGAUACUGAGAAAUCAGGCAGCAAAUCUUAGUUUCUCAUCUUUUUAAUUAUCAUGUUAAAGUUAAAUGUCUCCGACCUCUUUGUGAAUAAUUAAUUUUUAUCUAUUUUACAUUGCUCCUUAAUGUUUUUUUGUUUUUUCAGAUCCAGUUUGUGGCCGUCACCAUUCACUCUUGCCAGUUAUUAUUCAUGGAAUGCAACUACCCAAUAUUCUUUGUGUAUUGGAUCGGCUUCUAUGCUGUUAUAUUUCUGAUUAUGUUUGCAAACUUCUAUGUCCAGGCUUAUCUCAAGCCAAAGGAAAAUGGAGUCAGCUCACAAAAACACAGGAAUGGAUCCAUAGAAGGACACAAAACCAAGUCUAGUUAAAUUGUGUGUGCAAAUUCUGAAUAAACAACAUGGAUACUUUGUCAUAAUUAUUUUCAAAUAUUACUAAAGAAUACAUAGCAGGUUUGGCUCAUUAUAUUAUUUUUCUAGAGAACCAUGUUGCCGCGUCGUUGUUGAAACCAAUUUAAUCAAACUUGAUCUGGUUUUUUUUUUUUUUGUUUUUUUUACCGUUGUGUACAAUGUCAUUGAAAGCUGUGAUAAAAAGAUUUGUAUGAGAAUAUCAAACGUUUGGAUGUCAUGUGGGCUGUGGAAUGUGAAGGCAAUAAUCAAAUGAUCACAUCACACAGUUAUUACUACUCAUCCUGUCAUCAUGGAGAGAUUGUUACUCAUCCUGAUAAAACAAGAACUGAUCAAUGAUGUCACAAAAUUAUUUCUGCCUAUAGGUUAGACAAAGUUUUUUAGACUGGCCGUUGGUCAGAAAUGAUGAUUUGGAUCUAAAAAUUGCCUCAUUUAUUAUAUACAUAUGUUCAGCUGCUAACUUUAAUUGUCUACACUAAACAUAGGCUAGCACAUUGCUACUCAAAGUGGUGGUCCACUAACACAUAAGCUAGCACAGCGCUACUCAAAGUGGUGGUGGUCCACCAAACAACAGCCUUGGGUCAUCAGAAAAAUGCAAAAUAUUUCAGAGAAAGAUUUUUUUUAAAUCACCUCAAUAAAAUUGUUCUCUGUUGCGUUUUGACUAAUUCCUGCUUGGGCCCCUGAAGUUUGAGAAUCACUGUGCUAGCAGGCACUUAAAGGAUGUCACUGUAAUUCAUGAUUUUUAUAUAAUUUUUUUUCCUCUUGAAUAUGUUGCACUGAGUUUUCCCCAGAUUUCUUUUCUUUCAUAGAAUUAUUAGAAUUACCAUUUUGUUGCUAAUUUUUCUUUUAUCUGCAAUUUAUUGUGUGCACCAAUCAACUCCAAGGCAAAGCCUGUAUAACAUGAUUGUAUGUACCAGUAAAUAUAGGGUUGAUUGAAACCAUAAGUGUUUGCAAAGUCAAUAGCAAUUUCUGUUAAACUUCUAUUGCUGUCAGCCAAAAAAAAAUAUUUUUUUAAAAAAUGUUUAUUUCAACACAAAAAAUGUUGGCAGCCAGACCAGUUGUGCCAAUAUCACUUGCAAAGUUGUGCCAAUAUCACUUGCAAAGUUGUGCCAAUAUCACUUGCAAAGUUGUGCCAAUGGCAUUUCCAAAAACCACAGCAUCAUUUUGUAUAAUCCACCUCGACAUUGUACUUAUUCGGAUGACUACUUUUGAAGAGAUUUCAACUGUUUUAAAUGGCAUCAAAAACAAAAUCACUAUAUUUACAGUUUGCUACCAUCUAUUAUUUGUAAUUGUCUUAUCAACCCCUGGAUAUCUUAAUGUACAACUUAAAGAAUACAACUAUGUGCGGAUUUUAUUUUUUUUUAAAGAUUUAUUUUGAGCACGAGUUUUUUUAUUGUUGACAAACUAAGCUGUUACUGCCGUCUCUUGCCGUCUGUUUUUAGUAACUGCAAAAUUCUUGCUGGUAACCUUUUGAGUAAGAUGUUGUGGCUUUUUUAAAAUGUUUACAUCCAUGUUGUCAGCCUUAUAUUUCCCUGUCACUUAUUGCAGCCUGAUGUGUUAAAACUGCCAACUAAGUCAUUGGGUUUUUUUAAUUAUUUUUUUACAUUACGGUAUACACUAUUUUUAACAACAGCUUUAUCUUUUAAGCUAGUCCUAUUGCAUACACAUUGUAAUAAAUAUUGUAUAAAAUAGAAUCUGUACGCUGCAUGAAAAAAUAUUCACAUAAUUUAUAACAAGAUAGAUUCAGUGAAUUGACAACAGUAAUAUGAUUAUAAAAAUGUGUAGGUAUUUAGUGCAUUUUGUACUUGUAAUAAGUUGGUAAAAAAAAUUGUAUGUGCUUGGUCAACUUUAUCAUCAAAUAAGAUUUCAGUAUUAAAUAUUUUCCUUUUCGUAUCGCAUGAAAAAUGCCAUCCAAAAUUAGUUGUACCUUUUAUAUAUAAACGUAUCUCAUUUUAAAAUUAAGGGCAAUAGGACAUCAUGAACAUCUGGUCACAUCAAUGAACACAUGAUCACAUCAAUAAGCAUCUGGCCACAUGAACAUCUGGUCUCAUCAUGAACAUCUGGUCUCAGCAUGAACAUCUGAUUGCAUCAGGACUAUCUAUACACUGCCCUUAUAACAUAAUUUUUUUUUUUAAUUUAGUUUUCAGUGUGCUUUUUUAGUUCUUUUUAUAAAUGGUUUGCAUAGUCU